GGACCUUCACGCAGUGAUGAGUAUAGAACAGUGAGUUGAGUCGAGAUCUCCGACGACGACAGAUUCCGGAAGAUCCUCGCGCGAGGACUUCGAUAUCUCUCGCUCAGUGGGGUGUAGUGGUUGGCAAUGGUCGCGUCGCUUAUCCGUUCGAACAGGUUUGAUCGGCUGAAGGUAGCUGAUUAGACGGUUACGGAACGUAUCCCAAAGUUAUUAGAUAAAAGGCGAUUGCAAGUGAUAAGAACAGUUCCCCAAAAGAGACACAACUCGUUGAUUGCCUCCCGCGAGAGAGAGCAGCUUUGCAGCAGUUGAUACCGGUCCAGGCUCGUCUCCGCAGUCAGUUGAGUUCUGGACGUGGCCCAGAGUGGUCGAUGCGCGGAAAAAACAUACCCUUAGCUACUACUCCGGACUGUUCUCGCGUUAUUGUUGAUCGCGGCGGGAACCUCAUCAGUCAUAAAAUAAAUUAGUUUAAAUUGGAGUCACUCUUCUGGAAUACAAAACAGUGGUGAUCCUCACCGUAAACAGUCCCUUGUCCUUGCGCGAGACAUCUUCAAAACGGUGUGUACUUAGGCAGUUCCGGAGUUCCGUUGAGAAUCGCGAUUGAUUAAACGUCCCAAAAUUGAUCGCUCGCGAACGUGUUUGAUCGAGCCACUUCCCAAAUCAGCCGUAAUUCAAUUGAGUCUCAGCACGUUUGGUUCGGAAUCACUUUACGGCUCUCUUUUGGAAGGAGCCGGUUGAUCGAUAAUUGGGCAGUGAUUCAAUGCGGUUGAACUGAACCACGGACGGUGUUGACCAGCGAGCGGGGAAUCUCCGAAGAAUUGGACGCUUCGCGGGGAAGCGAAGAGAAUCGAUUGAGCGCAACCAUUUGCGAAUUUGUUGUGGUUUGGACGAAGCUGGUUUAGAUUAAAGAUCAUGAAGUCGAUCUUCGUCCUCACCACGGUGCUGGUCCUGACCACGUGCAACACUCUGUACGAAAGCGGCCAGAAACCUCACAUCGUGAUCAUCAUGGCGGACGACAUGGGCUGGAACGACGUCGGAUUCCACGGAUCGAACCAGAUCCCCACGCCCAACAUUGACGCGCUGGCCUACGGAGGGAUCAUCCUUAACCGGCACUACACCGCGCCGAUGUGCACUCCGUCGAGGGCGGCCAUUAUGACGGGGCGGAAUCCGAUCAGUGUCGGAAUGCAGCAUUACGUGAUCGAUUCCGACGAGCCGUGGGGCCUCGGGCUGGACCAGAAGAUUAUGCCGGAAUACUUCCGGGAGGCCGGAUAUAGGACACAUUUGGUGGGGAAGUGGCACUUAGGGUUCUUUGCCCAGCAGUACACUCCCACGAUGAGAGGAUUUGACUCUCAUGUUGGAUAUCUUGGACCAUUUAUAGAUUUCUGGGAUUUUUCCAAUAAAAUGUCUUCAACCAACUACACCGGCUACGACAUGCGGCAUAAUUUGGCGGUGGAUUACGAUGCCAAUGGAACCUACGCAACGGAUCAUUUUACGGACGCGGCCAGUCGGAUCAUCGACAAGCACAACCCGAGUGAACCUCUGUUUCUGAUGGUGAACCAUUUGGCGCCCCAUACCGGAAACGAUAACGAUCCGUUGCAGGCUCCGGAGGAACGCAUUAAGAAGUUUGAACAUAUUUCUGAUGAGAAUCGAAGGAUUUAUGCAGCAAUGGUUUCAAAGCUCGACGACAGCGUUGGCGCUAUUUUCAAGAGCUUGCGCGCCAAGAACAUGAUCCAGAACUCGAUCAUCCUGUUUAUCUCGGACAACGGCGCCCCGUCCUUUGGACUGCACUCCAACAGCGGUUCCAACUUCCCACUAAGAGGACAAAAGAACUCCCCAUGGGAAGGAGCGACCCGUAACGUAGCCGCCAUCUGGAGUCCACUGCUCGAGGAACGUCAACGGGUUUCGAACCAAUACAUUCACAUCUCAGAUUGGCUGCCGACCUUUGCCUCGAUCGCCGGCAUUCGACUGCCUCAAGCGAGAAACAGUUCCGAAGUUGACGGCGUUGAUCAGUGGGAAGCGCUGUCUUAUGAUACCGGGUACCCAAGAAGAGUGAUCUUGAACAUGAUCGACGAGAUCUUCGGGUACAGCAGCUAUAUGGAGAAUGGGUUCAAGUACGUCAACGGAACCACGGGUGGUGGUAAUUUUGAUGGGUGGUACGGUCAGCUGAACAACGAAGAUCCUCACCCAAGUGACGAAGAGUACAUCAAGACAGUACUGGAAACGGAGAUCGCCCAAUUAUCCGGUGAUGUCCUGUCCAGCGAACUCAUCAAACAUCUCAGGAAGCACUCUCGUGUGGUCUGCCACAAACCCCUUCACCCAACCACUUGCAACCCGUUGAAACGGGCCUGCCUGUUUGACAUCGUCAACGAUCCGUGUGAACUCAACGACAUCUCGGCCCGCGAACCAUUCAAGUUCCGUGAGCUUCGCACCAAAGUCGAGACCCUGCGCCGCCUCGCGAAGAAACCUCGCAACAAACCGCACGACCCUGCCGGCAAUCCGGCCAACCACGGCGGCGUCUGGACCUGGUGGCGCAAGGACAUCUCCGCGCAGGAACUCGCCGACAUCCGAGCAGACGAAUCGGAGCGCUAUCCGGAGAUUCCGCCGCCCCACUCGAGCCUGCCCGAGGACGUCCAACUGACCGUAACUAUCACCAUAGUCGUAGUCGGCAUCCUGUUCGUAAUGGGAGCCCUCGUUUAUAUGUCCAAUAAAAAUGUGUUGCGAAUCUGCAGGUCCACGAAAAGCAAGCAAACUGCGACGAUUUCGACGAUCGGAAGUGCGGGUUUGUCCCAUUCCGUCGACGACAGUAGCAGCAGCGACGGCAAACUGUCGGACGUGUUUGGGCAAGCCUCGUCGAGCUCGAAUCAGAAGGACCUUACGAACAAUUACAAAAGACAUGGAUCUCGCUGUGAAUACACAUACGUACUUAAAAUAAGUUGAUCGAUUUUUAUUUAC